AGAAAAGAAAGAGGUUUAUAUAUAUAUAUAUAUAUAGAGAGAGAGAGAGAGAGAGAGAGAGAGAGUUCUAAUGCCACCACCAAAGGCCUUCUCCAAAUCUUUGCUCUAUUUUCACCGGUUUUUGCGGCGGAGGCUGACCAACCCGUUCGCACACCACCACCGUAAAAACGCGCAUGUAAACCACCCAAAACCGCAAAAAUGCCCUCCGCCGCCCCUCGACCACCUCGCCGACAAAACCGUACUCCUCGACGUGGACGGCGCCCUCCUACGAUCCCCCUCCGCGUUCCCUUACUUCAUGCUCGUCGCGUUAGAGGCGGGGAGCUUCUUAAGAGGCCUUUUACUGCUAUGUAUAUACCCUCUCCUACUCCUUUUGAAUUAUGAGCUCGGAACAAGGAUCAUGGUAUUCGUGUGCUUCGUCGGAAUACGGGCGGAUAAGUUCCGGCUAGGGAGCGCCGUGCUACACAAGUUCUUCUUAGAAGAUGUGGGCAUGGAGGGGUUCGAGGUGUUGAGGAGGGGAGAGAGGAGGGUGUGUGUUAGUAGGUUGCCACGUGUCAUGGUGGAGGGGUUUUUGGAGGAGUAUUUAGGUGUGGAGGUGGUGGUGGGGAGGGAGAUAAAGGUGGUGGGUGGGUACUUUGUUGGGUUAAUGGAAAAGGAAAGAGAGGUGGAGGAGAACUCGGAGUUGAAGAGAAUAAUGUUGUUGGGUGAUCAUGAACAACAACAGGAGGAGUCGGGUGGAGGAGUUGUGGGUUACUUCGGAUGCUCCCACCAGGAUCCGCACCGCAAACUUUUCUCUCAUUGCAAGAGUAUUUACUGGGUGAACGAAGCAGAGAAGAGAAACUGGCACGUAUUGCCUAGAGAGCAGUAUACAAAACCCUUAGUAUUCCAUGAUGGGAGGUUGGCGUUCCGGCCGACUCCGAUGGCCACCCUCACCAUGUUUCUCUGGCUUCCUCUCGGCAUUCCCCUCUCCGUCUUUCGCACGCUCGUCUUUCUUCUCCUUCCUUACCCCCUUUCCAUCCCAAUUGGCGCCUUCUCCGGCAUGAGAGCCCGUCUUAUCGCCCCUUCUCCCGCUGCUGAUGACGAUUUUGGCGGCCGUAGCCACCUCUAUGUUUGCAACCAUCGCACCCUCCUCGACCCGAUCUACAUUUCUGCGGCACUCAAUAAGCACGUGACCGCCGUCACCUACAGCGUCAGCCGUAUUUCUGAAGCCCUGUCUCCGAUUCGGACUGUACCAUUGACAAGAAAUAAAGAGGAGGUAUAUACAUGUAUAAAAAAAAUCAAUUUUUUUUCCUUUAAAAACCAACAAGUAGUAGAGAUUAGGGGUGGCAAAUUCGUGUUCGGCUCGAAAUGAACUCAUGAUCAAAUUGUUCAUUUACUAAACGAGUCAAACACGAGCUAAAUUUUUCAGCUCGUUUAAUAAACAAGACGAACAUGAGCUGGAGUCAGCUCACUCGUGUUCGACUCGAUAACAGCUUGAAUAUAUAUAUAUUAGUUGAAUAUAGGUGCAAAUGCAUGUAGCGAAUAUUUUAAUAACUAUCUCAAAUUA